CCAUACUGACUUGACCAGUUCUAUGCAAAGAACCCCUUCUGGGUGUGUAACAAGCCCCUGACGCUAUCCAAUCAGACUGAGGAACUAGUAAUGCGGGAGAUCUGAAUUUCGCGGCACGGACUUUGGCGCUAAAACAGCAGCAGUGAGAUCAGCUGGGGGGGACCUAGCUGCUGUGAAAUCAACCGAACACAGAGAAGACUCAGUGGAGCAAUCCAAAAACUCAAAUUAAAAUCUGAUGCAUCCUGCAAAUAUUACUGCUUGAACAGACAGCUAGCUUCAUGAAAGCUGAACUACAGACUCUGCUGAUUUUAAACAUAUCAAUAUUGCUGGAGAUAGGAAACGAUUUUUAAGAAAACUAUUGGCUUGAAAUUGAUUUGGAUUUUGUUUUACAGUUUGUUGUUGUAAGGUGCUAUCGUACGCCAAGCUGCUACGUUUUAGAUUACUUUAAAAGUAAUUAUUUAUUCAAAGGGAAAUGCAAGACUAACUGCUCAAUAAGAAGCAUUGCAUGUACUCUGUAUGUCUUGCAAUUGUAGUUGCAUUCUUUAAUAUAUUUUUCAGUGUUUAGAAUUGUAUGCAGCUGCAGUUUGUGUAUUGCAAUUUAUAUUUAAUAUUACCUGCAAGUAUUGCUGGUAGCCUUACCAUGUACUAGUUAUAGAUUGCAAAUACUGGCUUUUUAGCGUUUAUAAAUCCUGUUUUUAUUUGUGCAAAAUUGAGCUAGGUGGUCGUUUUCCAGACAAUAGAAAAUGAUGCGGUUACCCAAAGUGGUCCCUUCGGCUACUGGCAGGAGCAGCAGCGGGCUCUCGGUAUCGGAAAAGAAGGUUUUGCAUGGCAUAAAAACUGAAUUUUUCAGCACAGGACUAUCAAGUCCUCUGAUCCACACAGUACCGGCUGGUUAUUUCAACCAAAUAUGCAACACGUCUAAUUCUGAGCAGAGAGCGAACUGCAUGUACGCUACCCCUCAUGGACCAGAGAUUAGGGGUACCAGCAGAUCUAAUUCCGGGAGAUUGCCGGCUAAGAGGAAGCUGGAUUUGGAAGGCAAUGACCCCCUGUAUAUGCCAGACUUUCGCACCCCCAAAGGAAAAGGCAGGACUGCAGCCAGGCUCCCCAGCCCCAUGACACCCAAAUCUCCGGGCGAACGCACGCGCUAUGACACCUCUCUGGGGCUGCUCACCAAGAAGUUUGUGAGCUUGCUGAGCGAGUCUGUGGAUGGGGUGCUCGAUCUGAACCGGGCUGCCGAGAUUCUGGAGGUCCAGAAGCGGCGCAUCUAUGACAUCACCAACGUGCUUGAGGGAAUCCAGCUCAUUCGCAAGAAGUCCAAGAACAACAUUCAGUGGGUGAUGGGCGGUGUGUUUGAAGGCUCGGCUGGUUCUGAGAAGCAGCGUGGGCUGAGGAAGGAGCUGACGGAUCUGGAGCGGGCGGAGAAGGCUCUGGAUGACAUGAUCCAGUCCAGCAGCACCCAGCUGAAAGAGCUCACGGAGGAGGAGAAUAACAAACAGUUGGCGUAUGUGACCUACCAGGAUAUCCGCUCGAUCCAAAGCCUGCAGGACCAAACCGUGAUCGCUGUCAAAGCGCCGUCUGAGACCAAACUGGAAGUCCCAGAGUCAACCGGGGACUCCCUGCAGAUUUACUUGAAGAGUAAGAACGGCCCCAUUGAGGUGUACCUGUGUCCGGAAGAAGGAGCAGAGGAGAGCAGCCCUGUCAAGAGCAGCAGUCCCAGCAAGAGGGUUCAUGCCAUUGGAGCCUGCACAGCCGAGCCCACUGUAGCCAAGCAAGAGCCCCUGGAAGCAGAGCCUCCGAAGUCGGCAUGCACUCUUCUGGAUGUUGAGGGGAUCCUGGGGCUGCCCCCCAGCUUGCUCUUACUGACUGAGGACCAGCUCCCCUCUACCUCCUUCUCCUCUGAGGUGGCCCCCUUCGUCAGCUUCUCUCCCCCCCUCGACCAGGAAGACUACCUGUGGUCCAUGGAGGACACCGAGGGGGUCUCGGACUUCUUUGACACCUACGAUCUGGGUGACCUGCUCAGGAACUGAACUCUCGUUUCACCAAUACCUUGACAAACGAGACCUGCUCGUAGCUAGAAACACAUUUGAGAAACUUCAAAUAUAAUGCCUGCUCAAGAACUGGUGUGCUCCUUGAAUGGAGAUUGGCAGGAAAAAGCUUUGUUUUGGGAUUUUUGUGUGUGUGUGAAGCCAUUAUCUUUUAUUUAUAUAUAUCUUACUAAUGUAUAGAGGUGUGUUUUUUCUUAUUUUUUUAUUUAUUUUUUUAAAACCCAGUUAGUCCAUUAGGAUAUCAAUUGAUAACUCAGGGGAAGUAACAUUUCCUCCUCCUUGAGGGGAUUUCCUCGUGCUCAUACUGACCCCUGCAGGAAAAAUUGAGACAGCAUUUAAUAUCAAUUCUCCAAAAAAAUACAGUAACUCGACAGCCUGUGAUUUAAUAGCUUGUAUGGAGCAUUUGAAUGCACACUUAACCAAACCUUCCACGUAGGUUGGCCACAGACGGCACAGCCCCUCUCCACCUCCUGUGACGUGGCUUGACUGGCAGCUCUAAAGCACCUCAAGCUCUUUAGAAAUCAUCCUGACGGUUGGAGGGGGUGACUUCUUUACUGCUUUAUCCAGGUAUUGAAGGUGGGGUGGGAAUGGAGACCACCUUGACCAGUGUGAAUUGUAUCCAAGACUUUGUGCUGCAUACGAACUUUAACACCAGGUACUCUUUACAAAGACUGAUUUGUAUCUAAGGGAACAGUGUUUAGUUGAAAGGGAGCAUUCUGCAGCAAAGGCCCUCAUAGGUUUUGUAAUCUGUUAAACCAGGCCCCCUGGUUUAUGCCGAUGGCACCGAUACGUUCUGUGAAGUCUCAAGUAGGAAUGGUGGAGAAGUGAAGUAUUUGGUUUGUAUAUGUAGGGUUUAUUUUGCAGUUCCUUUGCAUGUCUCCGUUUAAUAAUGGUGACUGACUUGCAGUGAUGGGCUGUCUUUAGAACACAUGGGUGGGUUGCAAACUGUUAUAAAGUUGCAAGGUGUAGAUCCACUAAUGAAGCUAGUGUACUGUUAAAGCAACUAAAACUGCAUAGUGUACUGUUAACAUUCAAAUGGAGCCAACAGCUUUCUUAUCUGGCGUGUAUUACCCUAUGAAGAAAUCCGACCAUAACCAUGGAAUGACAUUUAGCAGAGUCCCUUACAACUUCCUGUAUGUCUUUUAACCAUUCGUGGUGUGAACCUGUUCUGUGGCUUUUGUGUUUGGCUUUUAGAACAGUGUAAACUGUCGUUCGACUUUUAAGUAUUGAAGUUGGUUUGUAAGUGCACACUAGAGCACAGCGUAACCCGUGCGUUAAACUCUAAACUAGUUCAUAACAUUCCCCUUUCAGGUGCUCUUUAUUCAUUCUCUAACUCAGGAAUAUGUAUUCAACGUCUGUGUGUGUUUAGAGGCUGCCUCUAGAUGGUGGAAUUUCCCUUGGCUGGGAUUCAGGGUUUACAUACUGUACUGGUAUUCAGCCUUGUCAUUGCGCAUCCCCCUUUUACAGUAAAGUGUGUGUAGUGUAUAUACAGUGAAGUACUACAUAACACACUGGAGCAUUUCCUUGACAAAUUUCUGCAUGUCAUUUUUUAAAUGUAUUUUUGAAGAUGUUUUUGCAGUGUAUGUAUUAAGCUUGUAUUAAUAGUUUUGAGGUGGGUUUGGGAGAUGUGUCCACCCUUGUACAAUAACCUGCUUUUGUAUUUGAUAUUUUGGCACAAGCAAUAUGUUCUAAACAAUAUGUUAAGCCCUCACACAUACAUUAGUGGAUACUAAUGUAUGUGUGUGUUUGCAUAUAAUGCUUUUCUAGUUUAAAAAAUAAAAAAUGGGUUGCUGUCCUUUGUGACCACCUCUGUGUUCAUGCAUCAAAUGCAACAAAGUCUUAUUAAGUAGACCCUUCUGAACACAUUUAUAAAAUUGGCAAAUUGUGGUCUCCUGUAUAUUCAGAUUGAACUGAGUAGUGGACCUGUUCACUUAAUACUAUCCUGUAUGGCUUCUAAAAUGAAGUGAUGUUUAAUGGACUCUUUGCAAAGGUACAUUUUGGGAACCGUUACUCCCAUGUAUUUAUUGUUCUUGUGAUGUUGUAUCUUAAGAGUUGAAUGGACUCUUCUUAACAUUUGCAUGUCUAUUGUAAUGGAUUACGCAUUCUGCAUGGGUUUGUUUUUCUGAAUGAAUGGUGCCCUACAUGUAGGAUACGUCAACCUGCAUCUAACAUUGGUUCUGGGCUCAUAUGACAAAAUAAGCUGUUUCUUGUGCUAUAGUGGUGCUAUGAAGCGAUUUACUCUGGUCUGGCUCACCUUAGUAACUUUGAUACCUCACACAGCCUAGUAACUGGCCUGUUUUAAUUAAAAUGUGUAUUUUAUGCCCAGCUUAAUUUUGUAUCCUUGAAAUGGCAGCUUACUGUAAAUAUAGUAAUUGCUCUAAUGUAUUUUUAUAUUUGUAAUUGUUUGGGUGGGGGGGGGGGGGGCAGGGGAGUGGUAUUUUGUUUGUAAUAAUCUUAUACAAUUUAGAAUUGCUGUUGCUAAAUAUCUAUUGUUGGUAAUGACAAAUGUUUUGCUAUUGGUCGCUUGGAUGAUGGGUGAUAGAGUGGGGUGUCCUGUCUAGUAGAUUAGAGAUCUGUUUAUUUUUUUUUUAACUAAGGUGUCCAUUUUUACAGUUCUAGCUUUUUGUGUGUGAAAACAUUAACUUUAAUGUUAACUUAAUCUUGAAAAAUCAAUGAAAAAUAUACAGCAUUACUAAUACUUACUGAUUUUUAAUUUCCACCCAUUUUGUAAAGUCUUUAAAACCUUCAAUGACAAAUGUUUCGACCACAAAUAAGUAUAAACAUUUGUCAUUUAAUUUAUUUUGUCUUAGUAUUUAAUGUUUUAAAGCAAAAACUAAAGGAAAAACCAUACAAAUAAAGCUUUAUCCCUUUUAUAUAGCAUUCUGUGGUAGUCUUGCCCACUGUCUUCCAGUAUCUAUCGCUCAUAUCCCUGCUGGGAGAGGUUGUUGUUAUGGUAACGCUUCUCGGGUUUAAAGCUCUGUGGGAAGUAACUUUUUUUUUUGGGGGGGGGGGGGGCGGGUCUUGGUUGGUUUUGUAAAUCUAACUGGUGUUUUUAUAAAAGCCUUUUACUUUUCAAAUUGUAAAAUUGUACAUACAUUUUUGUAUUUAUAAAUACAGCAAGCUUUGUUUUAAUGGAUGUGUUCAGAAUUUGUGUUCCUAACUGUGUAGAGAGCUGUUGACUGUAAAUUGUGGCACUUGAUUUGUACAAAUGUUUUAAAUAAAGGUUUUUGAACCAUGA